AUGUCUAUCUCUUUAGAAAAUGAACCGUUUGAAAAAGGAUUUGAUUUCAUUCAAGACCAUCAUCAGCUUUCUAUUCAAGAAAAAGAGUAUAUAAUUGAUGAACUUUGUAAAAUUAGGAAUGUUAAUGUGAAAAAAACCCCAUUAGAUUCGUUAUGCAUUUAUUGUCAAUCAAUUGUUUAUAAAGAGGUCUGUUGCACAGAGUGUAUCCGAUUAUAUCUUAUAGACAAUUUCACAAGAUGGACGUCCGGAAACACUAAAAUAGAUGAAAUGAUUAGGUUUUUUCAACUCAAAUAUUGUGAACAACCAAAUAAAUUAAUUGAAUGGGUGCCUUAUGAAAACUUUCAGAGCGUCGAGUUAAAAGCAGAGGGUGGUUUUGGAAUUGUUCAUAUAGCAAACUGGAAAGAUGGAACUAUUGUUGACUGGAAUGAAGAUGAUCAAACAUUUAUAAGAUCCGGAAAAAGACAAAGUCUUUGA